GGUGUAUGAAACAAAGCUUCAACAUCAAUAUGAAAACUUUUAAAACGGAGUAAGAUACAACAAGAGGGUUCUGUUUCCUCCAGUGUAAAGAAUGAUACUACUGUAUUUUAGACGAAAAUGCAUAAUAUUUUGUUUGUUUGUAAUAAAAGAAUAAUUAACAAAACUUCAGUUUUGCCUCGUUUGCAAGCAAGGUCAGGUUCAACUUGGAAUGCAUGAGGGUGUGGGUGUGGGUGUGGAUGUGGGUAUGGAUGUGGUUGUGGGUGUUGGUGUGGUUGUGGGUGUGGAUGUGGUUGUGGGUGUUGGUGUGGAUCUAAGACCAGAGUAGACAUACAACCGCAUCCACAUCCACACCCGCACCUACACCCACACCUGCGCCUACACCCAUACGCACCCACACCCACACCGACACCCACACCCACACUCACACACCCACACCACCACACCCAUAUCCACACCCAACCCCACACCUACACCCACCCACACCCACAUCCUAAUAACUAUUAUUCUCAUUCUUUUUUUUUGUUUUUCGAACUCUUCUUCAUAUUUUACAUGAUGUAGUAUUACGAAUUUUAGCUAAUACUCGAUAUUAACGCGGUGAAAUCGAUAUGACAUCAGUUUAUCUUGCAUUCGAUUUUCUUUAUCUACUUAUGCAUAUUAUACAAAAUGGUAACGGAUCAAACUAGCAGUGCACUUGUAGACAUGAAUAUGAGAGUUACACAGAAAAUAAACUAUAGAGACAUCACGUAGACUCUAAUGAGCUGCGAAUAACAUGCAAAGGCUUUCGAACACCUACCUUAGUGCUGUGGAGAUGCUGCGACUAUAUAGCAUCAUUUAGUUCAAGCCGUCAUUUUUGUAAGGAACAUUAGAAUGAUUGAUUUUGAAAAUUUCGACUUGAAACUUUGUAGAAAGACAAGUUGUCUUAAAUAAGGGAGAAAAAACUGUCUGAAUAGAUAAAAACGGCUUUCUAGUAAUAGUAAUCAAAGAAAUCAGCUUCUUCUCUCUUGCUCUCAAGUCAAAAGAUUUGAACCUUUCACAAUUAACUAUUCUCGCUAUGACCUAUCUUUAUGCAAAAUCAAUCAGUUGGAGAACUUCUCUCAUAAUUGUCUUUUUCUUUGGCCAAUCAUUAAAUUUAUUCUCUAUGAUAGUAUCGUAUCAUCCAUUAAUUAGAAGGUACAAUUUUUCUAUAAAUUUUCCUUCAAUGCAUCAAUGACUAAUCAGCUAACCAAAACCAUUUAACUUUAAAAUUUCCAUGCAUUUAUAAAAUCUAUGAUUUUUUUUAGCUAAACAAUUUCGGACAAUUAUAAAUGAUUUUCAUCAAUUAUUAAUCUAUGAUGAAAUACUAUAUCGUCUUGAUACAUUUUCAUAUUUAACUAUUGUUAAGUGAAUAUUUUAAAUUACUAUCAUCAUUUUUUAUGCCAUUAUUAUAAGAAUGGACACAUAUUCUUAAUAUACUUGAUUAUACACAAGAAACUUGGUGGUCAUCAAUAUUAACACCAUCAUCAUUAAUAACACAUUUAUCCAUAAGUGGUCAAUUACAAUCUUAUUGUGAUUUAAUACGUCGUCAUGAAUUAUAUGUUGAAUAUUUAACAUCACUAAUAACACAUCCUCAAUUACUUAAAGGAAUAGAUUUAGAUGAAAGUGGUCUUUUAUUAGUUUUAUUAAUUAAACAAUUUCUUGCAUUAUUAUAUUUAUAUUUAUAUUAUGUUUAA